UAUAAAGAUAGAUGAAGGGCAAGCUCGAGUAACACAAUUUUGUGAAUCGUGGCAAUAUGAAGAUCUCCCUCACAAUUUUGAUCGCCUUGUUGGGUGUUUUCACCACCGUUUCGGCUCGUAAUUACCAGAAAUCUCAAGCGGGAUGUCCUCCGAAACCCGAAACUGUGAAAGUGUUCAAUCAGACACAGUAUUUGGGCGAUUGGUACCAAGUCCAAGGAAUUCCUACUUUUUUCUCGCCUGAUGGCAGCACCUGUAUUCGUGCCAGAUAUGGACAGAACGAGGAUGGAACCAUCUCUGUCUUGAACAUUUUGAUUUAUCCUGAUGGCAAUUUUGGAGAGAUUUGUGGAUACGCUUACUCGCCCGAUCCUGAACAUCCUGGAGACCUGGUGGUCAAGUUCCCCACAUCUCCUGCUGGCAACUAUUGGCUCAUUGAUACGGAUUAUGAAAACUGGGCGUCUGUGUACUCGUGCGACGAGAUUCUGGGUAACAAGUUCGAGUACGGAUGGGUUUUGACCCGGGAGUCCGCGCCUUCUGAGGCCAUUGUCCAAGCCAGUUUAGAUGCCUUUGUGGCUCAAGGAAUUACCUUGGACGAUUUUGUGGAUAAUCCUCAAGAUGGAUGCACUUAUGAAAACCCAUCGGGAUCUAGUUGUGCCGAUGAAUAAGGCUACUUUAGUAAAAUUUUCAGUUUCUUUAAUACAUAAUAAAGCAAAUCAAGAUUGUUA